AUGAUGCUAGCAUUGGCAGGUUUCCAGCUAGCGUUUGCGCUUCUUGGGACAGCGCUAACCUUGCCCACCAUCGAAACCAAAAAGGGACUGUUAUCGUUCCCUGUUUUGCAAAAACGGAGUCAGUCUGUGAAUCUUAGGAAACGAGACAAUGUGGUGACCUUGGGCAAUGUCUCGACGUUGACAUACCUCAUUCGACUUGAAAUUGGCACUCCUCCACAACCAGUUGAGGUUGUGCUUGACACCGGAUCUUUUGAGCUCUGGGUAGACCCAACGUGCGCAACGGCCGCUACCCAGGGCCAAGAGGAGAAAUGCAACGCCUCUGGAAGAUAUAUACCAGGCCAGUCCUCCACCUACGUCGACAAGGGCGCUAAACAGCAUAUUGGGUACGGGAAGGGCGGUGCCGAGAUCAGCUAUGCGGCUGACAGAAUAACACAGUCCAAGGCCUUUAGCAUAGCUCUUGGAGGCCAGUACUCGGAGACCGGAGGGGCUAUCAUCUUCGGGGGAGUUGACACAAAGAAGUUCGGCGGAAAGUUGCACAAGUUCGACAAUAUGCCUCCACAAAUCGAAGGGAGCAAGGAAGGCCCAUGGCGGUACUGGGUGCAAAUGAAGUCAGUCGGAAUAACAACCCCAAACAAAGUUGUCGCGACUUACGAAUAUUCGACGAUGCCCGCUCUUCUCGACACCGGAUCAACAUGGAGCUACCUGCCCCAGCACAUCUUCGAUAGUCUGCAAGACGACUUUAACGCCACUCUUUCUGAGGAUGGUAGCCUUGAAGUGCCAUGCUCCAUCGUUGACCAGCCCGGCACUGUCGACUUCACAUUCGGGGACCUGACCAUUCAAGUGCCAUAUUCGGAGUUCAUCUCCCAGCUGGAACCAGGAUAUUGUGCGUUGGGUGUCCUGCCGAGGAAGGGGUCGUAUGAUCGAGCGGUCCUGGGAGACUCGUUUCUGCGAUCAGCCUAUGGUCAGUCGAAAUCAUUGCAGUUAUUUAGUCGUGGCAUCAAGUACGUGCUUACACCAUGA